AUGAAACCCAAUAAUGGCAGACUUUGGGCCACAAUUUGUGAGGAUCAAAUUGAGAUACGUUCAUUGACCGAGGACAAACUGGAAGAAUCUUUGGAUGUUUUAGAAGGUUCUUUCUUUUUAUAUGAAUCCGUUGCUGUAGCCACCAAAAUAAAUUUACCUGAAAAUGUACAAGGUCGCAAAGAUUUACGCGAACUGUCGCGUGUAACGGCCGAUGAUGGUGUAUCGCUAAUUGCUUUGGAAAAAUCCACAGGAAAGCCAAUAGCAGUGGCUUUCAAUAAAAUGCAAUUCAUACCCGACAACGGCGAAGAAGUCUUCUUUCUUAAAUUCCGCAAAGAAAACGCCAAAUCUCCCAAUGCUCAAUCUCUCAUGGACUUCAUGGCAUCGGUCGAUGCCCAAUACGAUGUCUUUGAAAAAUUCAACAUAGAUUGCACCUGUGAGCUUAUGUUCUUGGCCACUCUACCGCAAUGGGAACGCAAAGGCAUUGCCAAAGCUCUAACCAAAUACACCAUCGAGCUGGCGAAAGAGCUGAAAAACGGCAAAGCUUCGCUGAGAUCACGUAUACCACAAGCCGUUACCGCCAUAUUUACCUCGAUGUUUUCGCAAAAAGUUGGCAAAGCUGCGGGUUUUGAGGUGGUGAAUACGGUGCCCUAUACCCAGUUUUCGUUUGAGGGUAAAACGUAUGAUCAGCGUGUGGAUCCCUUGCAUAAGGGUUGUGAUCAUGCGGUGUAUUUGAUUUAAAGGAUAGACCACAUUUUUCUUUUUCGGAUAAAGAUGAGUUUUUGUAAAACCAAUAGAUUUUAAAAUUAGAUAAAUAUUUUUACAUUUAUUCAUAAUGAAAUUUAUUAAGAAUAAGGUGG